AUGAAAAAGAUCAUCAUCAGUUUAUGGAAAUAUUCACAGCAAGGUUCUAACGUUCAGGUCAGUUAUGCUGGACCAAAUCUCUAUCUGUUUUCAAUCGAUUCUGAUUCUGCUCGUGACUGGGUAUUAGAAAAUGAUCCCUGGUACAUCUAUAAUAAGCCUUUGAUCCUUAGGCAAUGGGAACCCAACUUGAAAAAACUUCAUUUUGACCUAACCAAAAUUUCAAUUUGGGUUCAUUUAUACAAUGUGCCACUUGAAUUAUUCACUAAUGAUGGUUUGAGUUACAUUGCUAGCGCCAUAGGGUUUCCUUUGUCAAUGAACUCUGUCACAACCACUAAAACUAGAUUGGAAUUUUCCAAAGUCUGUGUUGAAAUAGGGGUGUCUGAUGUGAUUCCUAAAUUUAUUGAUGUUGUGCUUAACAAUGGCCAAGAAACUUCUAUUUUAGUAGAAAUUCCUUGGCUUCCCCCAUGUUGCAAGCAUUGUAAUUCUUUUGGUAAUAGUUCUAAAAACUAUAAAAACAAUCCAAACUCCUCCCAUACAACUCAAGUAUGGAGGAAAAAGGAUCCUUCAACCUCUGAUUCUUCAGGAAACAAUAACUUAGCUUCUUCAAAUGAGGUGGAUUCUGUCUCUGUUAAGGAAAAUGUUGCUGGCAAUUUUAUUCCACCUCCUCUUCCUAUUACUACCUCUUAUUAUACUUUUCCAGUAGAAGACACUUAUCCAUCUUCCUUACCAUCUAGUAUGGAAAUUGAAAAUGAUCUUGCUUGUGUCUCUACUACUGAACCUGAUUCAAAUAAAGGUUCUAAAUCUCCUAUUAAAAAGAGUAGAGCAAGGCCACCUAAAGGCAAAUUGGCCAAAUCUUUAGCCGAUUCAAGUAACCGUUUUGAGAUCCUUUUGGUUGAAGAGACUACCCAAGCCUCAGAAACCAUGGGGAAACAACCAAGAGUGGCAGCAUCAGGUGUAACAGAACUGUUAAAAGACCUUAAAUCUAAAAAGAAAUCUCAUCUUGAUAAGGUGAAAAGUUUGUCAGUGAAAGGUUUAGACAUCACACUUUGCUAUGCUUUAGCUCAAACCAUUACUAUUGAAUGUUCUUUCAACAAUUCCAAGUUUCUGCUCACUGGGAUUUAUGGUCAUAAUGAUGGAGUAGCUAGAAGAAGUCUUUGGCAGGACCUUCGACUCAUUGAAUCAAGGUAUUAUAAUCAUCCUUGGAUCUUGGGAGGGGAUUUUAAUGUCACCAUGUACCCUCAAGAAAGUUCUAAUCAUGAACAGUUGGGUUUGUUUUUUUUUUCCUCUGAAAUGAUUGAUUUUCAAGAAGUUUCUCAUGAACUCCAUCUUCAAGAUCAUCCUUACUUUGGUCCAACUUUCUCUUGGAGCAAUAAGCAAACUGAAAACUUCCUUGCUAGGAAACUUGAUCGUUUUCUCAUAAACCCUUUAUGGUUUGAAUUUUUUAACCAUUCAUUUGCUGAAUUCCUAGCUCCUGGAUCUUCUGACCAUUACUUGGCUUUGGUGAAUCUGAAUAAAGAGAUACAUCUUAACAAACCUAAGCCUUUUAAAUUUUUCAAUUGUUGGACUCUUCAUCAUAACUUCUUGAAUAUUGUCAGUCAAUAUUGGUACCCUCCUUAUCAAGAAAACCCUAUGAAGAAGCUCUUCCUUAAGCUUAAAAGACUUAAAUCCAAUCUUAAGCAACUCAACAAGGAAUCUUUCAGUGAUAUUUCUGCUAGGGUUAGGGAAAAGCAGGAAUAG